UUGCCAAUUGCUCUUAUUUGACUUCGCUUAAACUUGAACACAACAGUUUAACAGGUCAAAUUCCUGAAGGAAUCGGUAGACUUAGUCGGCUAAGGACUUUUAAUGUUUCUAAUAAUAUGUUAUCAGGGCCAGUUCCCAAUUUUUUUCAUGCUAAAUUUUCAGCUGAUCGCUAUGCUUCUAACAAAGGACUUUGUGGAGGGCCUUUGAAAAGAUGCAGAAACAGUUCCAAGAAAUUCCGAUUUGAUUAUUCAUUCAAAGAUGGGUUUGCUAUUGGUUAUGUGGUUUCUCUGAUUUCAGCUAUGGUGAUUUAUGCAUCUUAUUGUAUCCCUUGGGUGAAUAUGGGGAAAAAGGAUGGGAUGAUCACAAUACCAGCAAUGGUGAUGAUGAUGAUGAAGAGAAGAAGCAAGAAACCAGAGCUUGACUAUUUGGAAAGCUUGUCAACUUUGGAGUUUCUAUUGGAGAAAGAGGUUUCUACAUCGGAGAAUUUUGUUACAAGAAUGAGUUUUAAAGAUCUCUGCGAUGCAACAGAAAAUUUUAGCAAAAAUAACAUAAUUGGAUUUGGAAAAAUGGGGAUUAUGUACAAAGCAACACUUCCCAAUGGUUGGUCUCUUGCAGUCAAGAAAUUCUGUAAUUCCAAACAAUCUGAAGAACAUUUCAUAUCUGAAUUGAAGAUAUUAGGAAGAUUAAGACACGAAAACUUACUUCCACUGCUCGGAUUCUGCAAAGAAUAAAAGAAAAGGCUUCUGGUGUAUAACUAUAUGUCUAAUGGAAACCUUUUCGAUUGGUUGCAUUCAAUGGAUGACGAGAAAAAUACUCUGCAAUGGCCUAUAAGAAUGAAAAUUGCUAUUGGUUUAGCGAAAGGCUUAGCAUGGCUUCAUCAUUGCUGCAAUUUCCGUGUAGCUCAUUUGAACAUAAACACAAAAUGUGUUUUACUCGAUCAGAAUUUUGAGCCUAAGUUAUCAAACUUUGGAAUGGCAACGCUCAUAAAUCCGAAAGAGAUCAAUUCAAGUAGGGGUUUUGUUAUGGUUGUUG